ACACGUGCCCUCUUUGAGAUGUGUUGGGGAAACGCGCACAGGGCUGUCUGUUACAGCUACAAUGUCCGAGAUCGCCCUGUGUUCCAAUUUUCCCGCACUACUUAUAACCAAUAAGUGAACACGCUACACAGGGGUAUUCCCAUCUCGACCAAUCAAAACGCCCACUUUUUUCCUUAUUCAGAGGUCAAAAGUAUGUGAAAAUGCCGUGCAUUUCACCAACUUUUGUGUACCGAAUUUUUAAUGAAAUAUCAUGUAAAAAUAAUUUUUCGUUUUAUAUUAUGUCUCCCAAAUCAUUUAUGUACCUCAAUCAGUUCUUAGAAGGGCUCCAAACAGUCAUUUAGAAUAUAAAAUUGAACGUUAAAAGUUGUCAACAUUUCUGAUAAGCGUGUUACUAUAUUUAGUAUUUCAUGAAAAGGUGGUGUUGCAGCGGGGCUGCGCUGUGCGGGCGACAGACCCCGCAGACUCAACGCCGGUACUACUUGCGAUCCCUGGCCCCUGUCUUAAUUUGAAAACGUGAAAUAUAUUAUAAUUUUGACUGUUAUACUUUGAACUCUCACGAACACAUAUAGUCUCUGGUAAAUGGGUAUAAAUCAUCAAUCGUGAGGAAGAUGAUAGUAAUGGCGUGUUGUCUAGUUUAUUUUUUAAGCGGAGGGAUGGAGUAUAUAACUGCGCACAUAGCAAUUGCAUUUAAAUAAAUGAAUUUUAUAAUUUAUACAUCUUAACGUUCGUUUAAAUUUUGCAUCAUCAGUGGCUUUUGAGACAAAUCAGUCAUAUUUCAUCGAUGAUUUUGCCCCCCGACUCUCUGAUCAAUGGCAAGCACGAAGGUUGACCGAACCUCUCCCCUCCCUUCCACGGCUAUUUUGGUAAAGGGGAAUAAAUUUACACGCAGAGCCUGGCAGCCAUUUUGGUUUGAUUUCAAUUUGUCAAAGCAAUUUAUAUUAUUUGUAUUCUUGAUCCAGUUUUACGUUACAUUCACGGUGAGGCAAUUUUUAGAUGUGAAAAUACAAUGCAACAUAACAAUAAGUCUUCUCAUUUUCGAUAUGGAUUAGUAUCACACCGUGGGAAACUGGGUUAUCGCACUUGCGCUCUGAGUUGCUUUUCGCGGAAGUGCAAAAUACACCGAAAUGAUGAAUGGAAAGAUUGAAGUUAUUGGACCCAGAUAUCUAAAUACAUGGUCUUGAGUCAUGCUUUCAUCGUCUUUGUUAUGAUUGAUGCAUCUGUCAAAGCAAAGAACGUACAAUGUACGAAGGAAAGAACAUCCAUUAUUCCAGCACAGACAACAAGUUGCUGUGCUCCUUCAGCAGUAAGCUUUGCAACCAAAGACGUCUCAAUGGAUAUGGAUUCUGUGUUCGGCAUAUUUUGGAGGACCCAACAGCACCAUUUAAAAGAUGUGCUUAUGUUGCAAAGUCCAGCAACCAGAUGUGCACACAGGCCAUACCCAAACAUGAAGAACGAAGAUACUGCAACAACCACAUGCAAGUCUUGGGCAUGCUACCCAAGAAGGAGAGGAAGAAGAAGGAGAAGCCUGUGGGUACACCAGAGGCCAAGCUACUUCUAACAAGUGGUAAUAGUACCAAGGCAAAGUUCAGCCUGUCGCACUCAAAAGAGAGCAGCGGAAAUGCCUCGUCAGCACCAUUACGCUCUUCAAGUUCAGCUGAUGACCCAGACGAUCCAUAUGCUUUCCCGGACACGGGUCCCUCGGAAGGCAAGCCGAGUGAGAUGCUGGGGGGCUCUUCCAACCCCCCGGACAGCGUGCUGGGCAAGUCUUUACAGUCUGGCCAGGGCUUUGUUAGGUCAGCCAGUGACAUCAGCUCCAGCAGUGGGCUCAGCAUGUCAGGGGGCUCUAUGAUAGCCAGGUACUACCCUGAACUGGCUGAGAAGUUGGAGAAAAUGAGAGCGAAACCAGAGCCAAAGAGCACGGCGAAGAGCCGAGCAAGGAGCUCAAGGACUAUGAACAAACUUCAGACAAAAAUAGCUCAGAACAAAAUCAACGAGAAGUUGAGGAAGUCACAGGAGCUGAGUCAGACUGAUUCGAACUCGAGCCCUUUACAGAUUUCUAGUCCUGAGCAAGGCGUGGGCAUGGAGCACAGCCCUAGCCCUGGUCCUGUGUUCAGCCCUGCCUCCUCACACACAUUCAGUCCUCAGGCUUCAACAGCGGCUCACUUCCCAUCAGGCCUCACUCUGGCUGGCUACGAGCAAGGCUCUGUGGCCGCAGAAGUCCCACCCUUACCCCAGGUUGACACAUCCUUCCUGGCCACACUUGCAGCCCAGGACAAUUUGGGCUUUCAGAACUCUAGUGCCAGCGAGGUUGCGCUGUCGUCGACACGUCUUUUGUCCCCGCACACGCCGCCCCGCCUGCCACCCCCGUACCCCGGCUCGUCCACUCUCUCCACGCCGUCGUCUCUCACCUCCUCAGAUCUUCCGGCCAGUGCCUUCAGCCCUCAGGCCAGCAACUUAAGCAGUGUGUUGGAUAACCUCACCGGUGCUGCCUCGUCUGAAUCCCCUCAGAGUCUAAGAGCUCCAGUGUCGCACGCUGGGUCCUCAGGCCCGGCAUUGUUGACUUCCUUACCGUUCACACCUCCGAGACAGACCAGCAGACAGACACCCCCAGCAUUUCUCUCUCCGGCGUCCUCCAGCUCAUUUCCCUCCACAAAUACCUCAUCAAAUUACCUGUUUUCCUCCAGUUCUGCUGCCACAAGCUCAGACCCGCAGGCCUCUGGGGUGAAAUCGCUGCACAACCACUUGUCCUCCUGGCUACCUCCUCCCAAUGUGGACAUGUUCUCCCUGCUGAACAUCACCCCCAAGGCCCUGGGGGUGGACCCCAACAGAGGACUUUCCCAGUCCCAGAUGCUCCCAUCUCCCAACACAGUGGCAGCUCACCUCAGCUUGCCGCCACCUCCACCUUACGUGCCUCCCGCUGUGCUCCCCAAAGUGGCGGCCCCGGUGCCUAGUGUCACGACGAAACACUCUGUUGGCAAAAGCGCCAUGCCCAAAGUGCCGGUGCCCUCCUCCUCUCUGUCGGUCACUCCAAAGCUCUCGGUACCUCAGUGCAAGCUACAUAAACUCAGUGGAGUACUCUCUGAGAAAGCAGCCAAGCAAAAAGUGAAAAGUGAUCUAGCUGUGAAGUUCUACUCCUUCUAUGCCAAGAGAAAAAUCAGUGACCACUGUUUGGUUGGCCCAUAUUUGUGUAGCUCAGAAGAAGAAAGUGAAGAUGAAGACUGGGGCAUGUUGCCGUGGCAACGCGAUGUGUUCUCUGCUUCUUCUUCAGAGGAGGCUGAUGAUGAUGAAGAAAUGGAGAAUGAUGUCCCGAUGGGCAUGAGACCCACCAAAGUGUCCCUGCUGAAGACCCGCACUCGGCGACAGUGGUGUCAGGCCCGGAAAGCCUCCAAGAGUAACGUGGCGUUACGCAAAAGUAACAACCAGGCCACACUUGCUCUCAUCCGCUGUGUGCGCGACAGUGCGGCCUGUGCGGUUCGGGCGCUGUGGCAAAUCCAUCAUGUGAAGAAGUCGAAGAGGCGGUUGAAGAAGCUGAAGAAGCAUCAGAAGCAGUGCUGUCAAAAGAACAGGGAGGAAGGACAGUGUAAGAACCCCUGCCUGCCUUACACCAACCAUUGCUUGAGACACAUCAUGUACAACAUCGACCAGCAGCUCUUUGACUACUGCACUGCCAAGUUUGCGGACAACACCCAGUGCUGUAUGCCAGUCUUCGACAUCCGCCAUGAGCUGCCCCUGUGCCCCGUCCACGCUGCCAAGGCUGACAAUUACCAGCGACAGUUAGAGGCUGAGAACCGCAAACGGCCACGCAAGAAGAGCAAGCCACCAGCCCUCACUCGUCCACCAAGGAAAGGCAAGAAAAAGAAGAAAGGGCGCUACUCUCGCACACCGCAGAAGCCUGUCCCUGCUCCGGAGUCCGGAGGGCCUGACUCGAGCAACCUGUCAGAUGUGGACGUGACUGGACUGGACAGCAGCAAGCCGGAGGAAGAACUGGAACCUGAGACUGAGGCAGUGGUCAAGGCGGUGGAGGAGACCCCAGUGAAGGUCAGCAGCAGCAGCAGCAGCAGUGCUGCUCAGCAGGAGGCCAGCCCUCCUGUGGUUCUGCCCGCUACCUCCAGUGGUGGUCAGUUUGUGCCCAAGGCGAAGGACACGGGCGGCACCAAGACACUGGACCAGGCUUUGGAGCUGGCUGAGACCCUCUCACCAGAUUUUGACAAGCCAUUUGAGCUUCCCCUGGAGCAGGCCUCACGUCUGCUGGAGGAGUCGGACUUCCAGGAAGUGGUCAACAAGAUGCCUUUUGACGCUCUGGACCUUUUUGGUAAAAAUGGAGAACCGGAGCCAGAGGCAGACUCUGACCACCUCGCGGGAGAUCUGACAUCUUCUACGAAAGCAACACUGGAAAAGUUGCUGACGGGUACCAUGUCAGAGGAGGAGUCCAUGGAGCUGGCUCUGGUGCUGGCCCAGAACCUGCACAAUGAUGCAGAGCUGGCUCAGAACGCAGGUCUUAUUGCUCAGGGAACGCAGAUGGUGGACCCCCGACUACUGUCUGGCCUGGGAGGCAGCUCGGGCAUGGACAUCUCCGGGAUGAACCCACAGCUGGUGGGCAGUGGAAGCGGGAUGGUGGGACUGGACAUCGGGGGAGUGGCUGACCAGCCGAUGACCACCAUCACCACCACUGCCACGGCUGGAGUGGGCACGCAGAAUUUGAGACUCAGCGGUGAGACUUUGGGGAUGAGGGUUGGAGGUACGCCCAGCGGUAUGCAACAGCAGCAGCAGAGAUUGCCACUUCCCUCUCCCCACCCUCACACGGCUGCCACAAUUGCAGGGUCUGUUCCUACCUCUGGGUUCAGUCUGGAUGGGCAGAAAAUUAAUGUCGUGCAUCAUCAACAGCAACAUCAGCAACUUCUUCAGCAGCAACAACAUCAACAACAACAACAACAACAACAACAACAACAACAACAACAACAACAACAACAACAACAACAACAACAACAGUUGCAGCAGCAGGUUCAGAGCACGGCGUCCUCUUCUUCCUCUGUUCCCCCUCCCCCUGUCCUUACGGCGGAUCUCAACACGGUCUACGGACAGAUUGAGAGUCUGACUCGCUCCCAGUUGGCUGCCAAACAGGCUGGUGGGGGAUUGAACCUCAACCAUAUAGCUCCUCAGCUGGGCUUUGACUCGUUCAUCAACAGCACUGCCAAGACUGUGAUCAGACAUUUGCCUACGGAGGCUCAGCCAGCUCCUUCGACGCCUGGCUCCCUGCAGCAGAACAUGUAUAUGGCGGCCUCUACUCUCCCGGGCUAUCAGACUUCUCAGAGCAUGGGGAAUGUGUCGGGCUCUCCCCAUCCAGUUCCCAGAGGAGUUGGCGAGUCGGAGAAACUGGGGUCGGAUCAGGUGACCUCUGUCCCUACCCUUGUUGGAUUUACCUCGACGUCGACUCUGCCCACAAUGAAUUCUCAGAGCACCGCUAGGCCAUUGUCGUUUGUGGGAGGUUUGCAACCGAAUUUCACCGCCACGUUUGCUUCACAGCCGUCUGCGUCUUUGUCGUUUUCUGCCCCUCCGUCUUCGUUGUCAUCCCCAUCAUCAUCAUCAUCUUUAUCAUCACCGUCUCAUGCCAAGAAAGCGAAACUGAACAAUUCAUCAAAACAGUCGUCUGUGAUAUCAUUGCAACAACAGCAACAACAACCACAGUCAGCUCAACAGCAGCAGCAGCAACAACAACAGCUUCAGCAACUACAGCAUUUCCAACAACAGCAUGUGAAGAACAUGCUGCAAGCCUCGGUAGGAAAUAAAACAUCCACUAUUGGGUCGGACUCCAACUCUGGUCUCCGAUUGCAGGAAAACUCUUCUCCAUCCUCUCUGCCUGCUGGUGUCAAGGUCACAGGGGGACCACGACUCCCCGUGCAACCACGAUUGACUUUGCCUGGAGUACAGUCCCUUCGUCGGCCUGACAGCGUGAAGAGCAACUCUCAGGUCAAGCAGAAACCUGUGCCCCCUCAGCCCACAGGUGGAAGCCCACGACUCAAACUUCCGUCCUCUAGCACCACCUUGAUAUCUGAUGCUGCAAAAUCUCGACUAAGUCUUCCGGACAGCCAGGGGUCAAAGACUGCAAUCAACACGAUGGCUGGGCCCCAGACAGUUCCUUGUGCAGGCCCAGCGGCCGUCACCACGGUCCGUCAUUCGGUCAACUCAGCCAAAUCUCUCUCCCCUCUGCCACUAUCAGCUUCGUUUCCCCCUACCGGCUCGACAUCAUCCCCCACGUCCACCACCAGGACUACCACCAUGCGUCACAGCCUUCUGAGUGACUCGCUUAGUGGUGGAACCAACAUGGCCACUGAAUCUAUAUCUGUGACCGUGAGGCACCCGUCCCCGCUCGAGUCUGUACCCACAACUGUCAGACACACCCUUCCCGAUACCUUCCCCUCCCCCGUCUCCUUGCCCUCGUCUCCAUCACUGCUCCCUCCUCCCCCACCUCCGCCACAGCCGUCAUCGACAACAUCAUCAUUAUCACCCCCAUUGUCAUCCUCACCAUCAUCAAUAACCGUGGUAUCAGAUUCUCCAAAGCACCGACAGUCACCGUCAUUAGACGCUUCCUUGUCCCUCUCCCCGGCUUCCUCGCAUUUGGUGGGUGUGGGUCAGAAACAUCACCCUCCUAUGAUCACAUCAUCGCUCUCUUUAUCAUCAUCCUCUUUGCAGUCCUCCAGCUCAGUCCCCCCGGAUCUCCCCUCAGUCCUGGCCUCCACCUCCUCCUCCCCCUCCCCACGCACACAGUGGACCUCUUCCCCCAGCCCUCUGGCCGCUGGCCUCAACCUACAGAAUGGCCUACCCUUUGUGGCUGGUGCAGCCCGUGGUCAGAUUCUAGGCAAGUUUGCCUCCCCUGCUGGACAGGGGGAGCUGCGGGGCGUGGUCGGUCGACAGGGUAGCCUCGGUGAUGCAGCCAGGAACAUGUCCCAGCUGACCGGCAGCACUGCGGGUGUCCCUGUCGUGUGUAGCCCCAUGUCUCUGCCUGGAUUUGCUCAGUCUCUCUCCACCACCACCUUCAAGAGCAGCGGCUCGUCGUGA